ACGUAUACCUUGUGUUUUUCAAAGUUUUGCGAUUAUUUCAACGUCAAUGCGUGAUAGUAAAUGCACGUUCGUACGGCAAACAAAACUACAAGGUAAUGGGGAUUUAUUUUAAGAAUAUCUGAAAAUACGCUCAACACUAUUUCUCUCUGGUGGUAAGCUCAGUUGAGUGUCGUUGGUCGUUGAUGAGUUAUCAUGGUACUACCAAAAAGUAAUAUAUUUUAUACGAUAGCGAUAAGUCUGAUAAAUAUAUCAUCAAUUUGGACAUUGAACAUAAACGAUCGUCGAUACGAUGGUUAUGACCUGGAAAGAGGUCCCGUAUUUUAUGAAGCUUACUAUCCGGAAAAUAAUGAGAACAAUCCAACAGCAUACCAAGAAAAACGUUAUUUCGAUCGGGACGCUGUAAUUGAGAGAACGUUUCAAAUACCUACUGACCGAAGAGAAUACAUCGAAGAUAGAUCAAAAAAUGAUUAUCUCGAUCGUUUAGAACAUUCACAGUACGAUAGAUCAGGUGGAUUGAUCAUUUCCGAUCCGAAAUUUUCAAUGAACCAAAACUAUCCGAAUAUUGAACCAUCUAGGAUUUAUGAAGUAGCACGUAAAUUUUACGAUAUAAAUCGUUUUUCACCGACCUACAUCGAACGAAUUCGAAAUACUCCGGAAGACUCAUUAUCGUCAUCAUCUUCGUCGUCGUUGUCGUCGUCGUCGUCGUCGUCGUUGCCGUCAUCAAAAGAUUUAGAAAAUUGGAACUCAUUGGAGAAUUACUUACGCUUUGAUCCAAGCUUCAAUGAUCGUCGUAACAUUGACAAGAUUGACAUAAAUAGAUCCAAUUUUCGAGUAAUUCCGGAACGUGAUUUAAAUCAAGAAAAUAUUUUUCAAAAGGAAAACGAAGACAGCAAUGAAACCAAAUCACCUAGGCUUAUUCGAAAUAAUCUAUCUGAUCUAUCAUCGGGAAUUAUAAAACCUUUGGAAAUUUCAAAAGAAUUCGAAUUAAUAAGGAAAGUGUCACCGAGAGAUUUACAAGAUCGAAAUACGUUCGACGCAAUCGAUAAUAUAAAUUAUAUGGGAUAUCCAAGGCAACAGUAUCGUUAUUUUAGAAAUAUUAAUGAUCCGCAGGAAUCGCAAACGUGGAUGUCGAAUUUUAAAAAUCUUCGAAAUGAAGAAAUUGAAGAGAUUCCAAGAAAUAUUGAUUCGUCGUUACCUUCGGAAAAUAUCUUUGUUCCGAGACCUCAAGUGAUCAAUUAUAUAUUUUCAAAGGAUUCGUCGAUCGAACGAACCGAGAAACCAAUUAUCAUGAAGGAAAUUACAAGAGGAAACGAUGAACCUCGAAAAUACGACGACAAUUCUUUCCAAGAGGAAUUAAAAAAGGAGGAAGAAAAAACAAAAGAUAAAAGUACAAAAGUUACGUCGAUUGAAAUAAGCGAAGUACCAAGACACAAGGUACGCCAUCAUCACGGCGAAUGGCUGCGUGAUUUCUCUCGUGGACAAAAUUAAUUUAAUUGGUACUAAUUGAUUUAAAAAAAAAAAAAAAAAAAAAAAAAAAUCAAGUUUGACCGCAUUCUCACGAUGAAAUUCAAUUCCAUCAUUAAUUAUUGACAUAAAAUAAUUAGAUAAGUCGAUCUUUUUAAGAUUCAUCCACUUUGAAUAGUACAUUUAUUAUUAUUAUUAUUAUUAUUAUUAUAUAUUUAUAAUUAUACAAUUCUUUGUAACAGUGUAGAAUAUAAUCUCUCUAUAAGAGACUUUAUCCCUCGUAAUUAAAUAUCGAAAAUACACUUCUCAUAAAUGAAGAUUAAUUGAUUAAUUAUAUAUAAUAUAUAUAAAGAAAGAGAGAUAAGAAAAAUAAUUGCCUCCAUACAAAAUUAUUUUGAUGAAAGUAGUAAAAGUAUUUACAAAAUACGACAAAACUUAUCGCGCAAGAUCAUCUUCUUUUUAUGAUAAGUGUGUACAUGUAAUGAUUUAUUUAUUUCGAAAAAAUAUAUAUAUACAUAUACAUACAUACAUACAUAUAUACAUAUAUACAUAUAUAUAUAUAUAUAUAUAUGUAUGUAUGCAUAACUUUUUCGAAAGAUAUUGAUAAAUAUCAAUGAGUAAGCAAAUGAUAUAUUAAAUUUACGCAUAAAAAAAAAAGAACUUAUGAUUAAUAAUAAUCUAUCGGAAUACUUUUAAAUGUAGUCUCUGAUCAACAACUUUUUAGAAAUUGCUUAUUCUUUUGAAUUCUACAUAAAAUAUUAGACAUGCUUAAUAUACUAAGUCACCAAAAAAUUUAAUAACUGUAAAAUAGUAUAGAGAUAGAAAAAAGAAAAUAUUUCUAAAAUUAUUGAAGCCAAAAAACAUGGUUAUUUUUUGAUGAAUGUAAAUAUUUAUAAAUGAGACAUGGGCCAUUCUUAAAAAUGAAAGAUAUAUCAUACUUUGGCACUUUAAUUUUAUCUUUCAAUAAUAUCUUAAACUUAAAGAGGAAUGUUUGUACUAUUUUAAUUACUAAUAAUUACAUAUCUUUUAUAUUCAGAUAGAAAAUAAAUUAUUAUGUUUGCAUUACGAUAAAAUAUCGUUUGGGUUUAAUCCAUACUGUUAUAAAGAACGCAUGAUUUUAGAUGUAAAGGCAAAUACAAGACAAAGCCAAAUGUACUUCGUAAGUAACCUACUCUAUUGGAACACAACUUCGUUUGGUGAAUAAUCUCAGUUAGCUAUAUCUAAAUUGUUACAUUUUAUUCACUAAGUCCUCUCUGUAUUUUUAUCUAUUUAAGACAGUAUUAUUUCAUAAAAGUUUAAUUCAACGUAAUAUACUCUUUUAGUUGUAUCUGUAUGAGACAUUUAAAUCC